AUGGCUGCUACAGCUACUGCUUCAACAAUCCGUUACGCACCUGAGGAUCCUAACCUCCCUAAGCCAUGGAAAGGUCUUGUGGAUAGUCGAACUGGGUACUUGUACUUUUGGAAUCCUGAGACCAAUGUUACACAGUACGAGAGACCACCUGGUUUAGCUCCUCCCAAGGUUUCUCCUCCUCGCGUAAGCUCUUCGGUUCAGACUCAGCAACCUUCUUCUGGGUACGGUUCGGGAAAGGAAGAGGAUAAGUACAAUAAUGGGCCUAAUAAUGACUCUGGAUCAAGGUUUAGUGAGGCUAGCAGAAAUGGACCUACGAAUUCAAGCAAUGCUGCUAGUGGACUAGGGAAUGCUUCAUCUGGUGGAUCGUCUGCUAUAGUGCCUCCUUCUUCGGCUGCAGGGAAUGAAAAGUUGUCUCCAGAGGCCUAUUGCCGCCGCCAUGAAAUUACCGUUACUGGAGGCCAAGUACCCCCACCUUUAAUGUCUUUUGAAGCCACUGGUUUCCCUCCAGAGCUUCUGCGGGAGUUAUACAGUGCAGGCUUCUCUGCUCCAAGUCCAAUUCAAGCUCAGUCUUGGCCUAUUGCGAUGCAAAACAGAGACAUUGUAGCCGUCGCCAAAACAGGCUCUGGAAAAACUCUCGGUUACUUGAUUCCAGGCUUCAUGCAUCUCCAGCGGGUCCGCAAUGAUUCACGAAUGGGCCCAACGAUCUUGGUACUGUCACCCACUAGGGAGCUGGCCACUCAAAUCCAAGCUGAAGCUUUGAAAUUUGGGAAGUCAUCAAGAAUCUCAUGUGCUUGCUUGUAUGGUGGAGCACCAAAGGGUCCUCAGCUGAAGGAAAUAGAGAGAGGUGUUGAUAUUGUCAUUGCAACUCCCGGGAGAUUGAAUGAUAUCCUUGAGAUGAAGAGAAUAAGUCUUCAUCAAGUGUCUUACCUUGUGCUAGACGAGGCUGAUAGAAUGUUGGACAUGGGGUUUGAGCCUCAGAUCAGGAAAAUUGUGAAUGAGGUUCCUACUAAGCGUCAAACCCUCAUGUACACAGCCACAUGGCCAAAAGAGGUCAGGAAAAUCGCAUCUGAUCUCCUUGGUAACCCUGCACAGGUCAACAUUGGUAACGUCGAUGAGCUCGUUGCCAACAAGUCUAUUACUCAGACUAUUGAAGUCAUACCACCGAUGGAGAAACAAAGAAGGUUGGAGCAGAUAUUGCGGUCUCAAGAACCAGGCUCCAAGAUUAUUAUCUUCUGUUCCACCAAAAGGAUGUGUGACACUCUCGCAAGGAACUUGACCCGCACGUUUGGAGCUGCCGCCAUACAUGGAGACAAGUCUCAGCAAGAGCGAGAUGAUGUGCUGAACCAGUUUAGAAGUGGCAGGACUCCUGUUCUUGUUGCAACCGAUGUAGCUGCUCGUGGACUUGAUGUUAAGGACAUCAGGGUGGUGGUGAACUUUGAUUUCCCAAAUGGAAUAGAGGAUUAUGUUCAUAGAAUCGGAAGAACAGGAAGAGCUGGAGCUACCGGUAUUGCGUACAGUUUCUUCGGGGACCAAGAUGCAAAACAUGCUUCAGACUUGAUCAAGAUCUUGGAAGGAGCAAGCCAGAAAGUUCCUCAGGAGGUCCGUGAAUUGGCUACACGCGGUGGUGGAAUGAACAAAUUCAACCGUUGGGGUACACCUGGUGGUGGUGGUGGUAGUCGUGGAGGUGGAGGUGGCUAUGGUAAUUCUGGUUAUGGUGGUCGUGGAGGUGGCCGUGGUGAUUCUGGUUACGGUGGCCGUGGUGAUUCUGGUUACGGUGGUCGUAGUGAUUCUGGUUACGGUGGUCGUGGUGGUUCCGGUUAUGGUGGACGUGGAGGUGAUUCAGGUGGUAGAGGAAGCUGGUCUGAUAGUGGUCGUGGUGGCUCGGGAUGGGGAAGAGAGAGAAGCCGUAGUCCUGAGAGAUUCAACAGAGCUGGUGCUGCACAGUCCACUUCCUCUCCGCCUCGCAGCUUUCACGAGGCUAUGAUGAUGAGACAGAAGUAG